UGCGGAUGGGGGCCAGGUUGGAAGAGGACCCAGACCUGCCAGUAGACACCGAGAUAGCCCGCCCCCAGCCCCCAGGGGCGUGGGCACCGGGAGGCGGGUCCGACCCAGGGGCUGGGCCACCGCCGGGUUAAAGGCGGCUCCUUCUCGGGCCGCUGCUCCCGCCUCCGCACCCUGGCCCGGCUGUGAUGGCCUCGUCGCCACUCCUGCCGGUCCUGCCGCCCCUAUUCUUGCUGCUGCUGCUGCUACUGCCGCCGGAGGUCCCCGCGGCGGCGCGGGCGUCUCCGCUGGGAACACUCCCCGAGGGGGCGGCCGCCUGCAAGGCUGGGGGCCUGUGCCUGCCGGUGCCCCUCAGGAAGUCACAAGCACCUCCUGUCAAUGUAAGCCUCUACUACGAGGCACUGUGCCCCGGCUGCCGGGCCUUCCUGGUCCGAGAACUUUUCCCAACCUGGCUGAUGGUGCUGGAGAUCCUCAAUGUCACACUGGUGCCCUAUGGAAAUGCCCAGGAACAGAAUGUCAGCGGCCGGUGGGAGUUCACCUGCCAGCACGGGGAGCAGGAAUGCAAGCUCAACAAGGUGGAGGCCUGCCUGUGGGACCAGCUAGAGAAGAACACAGCCUUCCUGACCAUUGUCUGCAUGGAGGAAAUGGAUGACAUGGAGAAGAAUCUGAAACCGUGCCUGCAGAUCUAUGCCCCGGAGGUGUCCCCGGACACCAUCAUGGAGUGCGCAAUGGGGGACCGGGGCAUGCAGCUUUUGCAUGUCAAUGCCCAGCUUACCGAUGCCCUGCAGCCACCCCACGAGUAUGUGCCCUGGGUCGUCGUCAAUGGGAAACCCCUGAAAAAUCCAAGUCAGCUCCUAAGCCUCGUGUGCCACCUGUACCAGGCAAGCUGGAAGGGGAACGGAGGGAUCCACUGGGGGCAGGGGUGGGCAGCGGCUGUUUUCAGGACCCCCAGCUCACGGCCCUCUCCUCCAGGGCGAGAAGCCAGACAUCUGCCAACCUGUGGCCAGCUCCCAGAGGGAAGUCUGCUUCAAGUGACAGCUGGUGCCCUGGGAGGGACCUGCUGGAGGAAGAGCAGGAGCGCACCUGUCCCUGCCUGUCCGGUCCCUGACUCUCAGCAGCCCCUGCCUACCAUCCAGAUAACUUCUACACAUUCCAUGAAAGCCCAGACUCAGACUCCUGCCCCAGGAUCAAACAUCUUGCCCCACUGAGAAUGGUGCUACGUUGAAACAAGUUUAGUAAAUACUUCUGGAUUUUGUGA